ACAUGUGACAACACAAACCUUUACAAGAAUAGAGUAGUUUCCCAAUACAAUCUGAAAAGAAAAGAAAACUCUAGACCUAUAAUCAUCACGUAUUAUUCAUGAAUGCAACUUUUUACGGCACAGUGAAGAGUUUUAAGUCUCGUCUUAAAACACACUUUUAUCUCUGUUUUUUUAACACCAUGUAAGUUUGGUGAACAACAGACAUGGGAGGGCAGCAUCUCACAUCGGUCCCUCUCGUCUCUCUUUGACCCCUGCGCCAAGAAGAAGAAGCACGUUUGCGUCGCGUCGCGGAUCGGGCACGCACGCCUCACGCACGCUCUCCCCAUCAGUUUGUGUGUGUGAACAAGACUUCCGGUGGUGUGUCAUGGCGGUGGCAUGGUGAAUCCUGCAGAAAGGGAAAAAUCCUCGUCCCUCCGUUUCUCCCCCGUGGUUUUUGGACGCGUUUGGAUGCAGGAGUGAGCCGUGUGCGAGUCGCGGCCGCUUCGCUCGCUCGCCCCCUUCACUCGGCGGCGCUAUGGCGGCUCACAAGCCCGUGGAGUGGGUGCAGGCCGUGAUCUCCAGAUUUGAUGAGCAGCUUCCUAUCAAAGUGGGACACCAGAACACUCACACUAAAGUCAGCACGGAGCACAACAAAGAGUGUCUGAUCAACAUCUCCAAGUACAAGUUCUCCCUGGUGAUCAGCGGCCUCACCAACAUCCUCAAGAAUGUCAACAACAUGCGAAUAUUUGGAGAAGCAUCGGAGAAGAACCUGUACCUCUCUCAGCUCAUCAUCCUGGACACACUGGAGAAGUGUCUGGCUGGGCAAUCGAAGGACUGUCUGCGUUUGGAUGAGACGAUGUUGGUGAAGCAGUUGUUGCCUGAGAUCUGUCACUUCAUCUACACGUUCAGAGAGGGCCAGCAGCACGCGGCCGAGCUCAGGGCCUCCGCCUCCGCUGUGCUCUUCUCUCUGAGCUGCAACAACUUCAACGCCGUCUUCAGUCGCAUCUCCACCAGGCUUCAGGAGCUGACUGUGUGUUCAGAGGACAAUGUCGACGUCCACGACAUUGAACUCAUGCAGUACAUCAACGUGGACUGCUCCAAACUCAAGAGGCUGCUGCAAGAAACCGUCCUGAAAUUUCGAGCCCUAAAGAAACCUGCCCAACUCGCAGUCAUCAACAGUUUAGAAAAGGCGUUUUGGAACUGGGUGGAGAAUUAUCCCGAUGAGUUUACCAUGCUCUACCAGAGACCUCAGGCCGAUAUGGCAGAAGCUGCAGAGAAGUUGUUUGAUCUGGUCGACAGUUUUGCAGAAAGCGCCAAAAGGAAAGCUGCAGUCUGGCCCCUUCAGAUCAUCCUCCUGGUCCUCUGUCCCGAAAUCACACACACCAUCUCCAAAGACACAGUGGAGGACAGCAAGGCCAACAAGAAAUUAUUUUUGGAGAACCUGCGUAAAGCUUUGGGCGGAGGGAACAAACAGCUGACGGAGAGCGCCGCCGUGGCCUGCGUCAAACUGUGCAAAGCCUCCACCUACAUCAACUGGGAAGACCAUUCCACCAUCUUCCUCCUGGUGCAGUCCAUCGUCAUAGACCUCAAGGCUUUGCUGUUUAACCCGGCCAAACCGUUCUGGAGGGGGACGGGAAGUCAGAACGCAGACGUGGAGCUGAUGAUGGACUGCUUUGUCUCCUGUUUCCGCAUCAACCCUCACAACAAUCAGCAGUUCAAGGUCUGUUUAGCCUCCUCGUCUCCCUCCACGUUUCACUUUGUCCUGGUCAACUCUCUGCACAGAAUAAUCACCAAUUCUCAUCUGGACUGGUGGCCCAAGAUCGACACAGUGUACUGUUACUCUGGAGAGCUGCGCUUCAUGUUCGCAGACACACUCAACAAAGUGAUGCAGGGGCUGGUCAACCACCCACCCAUCAGGAUGACACCGAGUCUGACGUUCAAAGGGAAGAUGACGACGAGCCUGAAGUUUAAAGAGAAGGCGACGGACCUGGACACGCGCAGCUACAAGUGCCUCCUCCUCGCGCUGGUCAAACUCAUCCACGCAGACCCCAAACUGCUGCUGCACAAUCCGGUGAAGCAGACGGCGGAGAUGCAGAGCAGCACGGCGGAGCUCAUCACAGGCCUGGUGCAGCUCGUGCCCCUUACCAACACCACACAGCUGUCCCAGGAGGCCAUGGAGGCCUUGUUGGUGCUACAUCAGCCUGAGACCAUUGAGCUGUGGAACCCUGAAUCCCCCAUAGAGACCUUUUGGGACAUCAGUUCUCAGGUGCUGUCGAUGAUUUGCCGGAAGCUGAUUGGUCAGCAGAUCGUGAACGGGACCGAGGUGCUCAAGUGGCUCAGGGAGAUCCUCAUCUGUAGGAACAAGUUUCUGCUCAAGAACAAGGAGUGUGCGACGAUGGGCAGUGCCAUCCCCAUGUGCAGACAGGCUCAGACUAAGCUGGAGGUGUGUCUCUACAUGUUUCUGUGGAGUCCAGACACUGAGGCGGUGCUCGUGGCCAUGUCCUGCUUCAGACACCUGUGUGAAGAGGCCGACAUCCGCAGUGCUGCUGACGAGGUGCCCGUCCAGACCAUCCUGCCAAACUACGCCACCUUCAGCGAGCUCGCCUCCGUCAGCAACAUGAUGGGCACAGGUCGCUCUACGUUACAGAAGAGAGUCAUGGCUUUGCUACGGAGAGUAGAGCACCCCACUCCUGGAAACAUCGAGGCCUGGGAAGACACUCACGCCAAAUGGGACCAAGUCACCAAACAGAUCCUGAACUUCCCCAAAAACAAAGCGGAUGAUGGACAGCAGGAGUGGAUAAACAUGACCGGGUUCCUGUGUGCUCUGGGCGGAGUGUGUCUGCAGCAGCGGAGCACCCCAGGACCCGCCACCUACAGCCCCCCGAUGGGCCCCAUGUCCGAACGCAAACACUCCAUGAUCUCGAUGGGCCUGUGCGACGGCUCCAUCGGCAUCAGCUCUUCCUGCUCCUCGUCCGCCUCCAGCGAGAGUCCCGUCAGCAGGUUUCUGGACCGACUCUUGGCCCUGUUGGUGUGCGGACACGAUCGGGUCGGACUCCACGUCAGGACCAGUGUCAAAGACCUCCUGGGGCUGGAGCUGAGUCCGGCUCUGUACCCAAUGCUCUUCAAUAAACUCAGGAACAGCAUCGGAAAGUUCUUCGACACUCAAGGACCGGUUCCCAUAAACGACACGAACACUCAGUUUGUGGAGCAGACCAUCGCCAUCAUGAAAAACCUGCUGGACAACCACACAGAGGGCAGCUCCGAGCACCUGGGCCAGGCCAGCAUCGAGACCAUGAUGCUCAACCUCGUCAGAUAUGUGAGGAUUCUGGGAAAUGUAGUCCAUGCCAUUCAGAUCAAAACCAAACUGUGCCAACUGGUGGAGGUGAUGAUGGAGCGACGUGACGACCUCUCCUUCUGCCAAGAGAUGAAAUUCAGGAACAAGAUGGUGGAGUAUUUGACUGACUGGGUGAUGGGGACGUCCAAUCAGGCGGCAGACGAUGACAUCAAGUGCCUGACCAGAGAUCUGGACCAGGCGAGUAUGGAAGCUGUGGUGUCUCUUUUGGCUGGUUUACCGCUGCAGCCCGAAGAGGGAGACGGAGUCGAACUCAUGGAGGCCAAAUCUCAGCUCUUCCUCAAGUACUUCACUCUCUUUAUGAACCUCCUGAAUGACUGUUCGGAGGUGGAGGAUGAUGGGCAGGCGGUGGGCGGGCGUAAAAGGGGCAUGUCUCGGCGUCUGGCCUCCCUGAGACACUGCACCGUCCUCGCCAUGUCCAACCUGCUCAACGCCAACGUGGACAGCGGACUCAUGCACUCCAUCGGUCUGGGUUACCACAAAGACCUGCAGACCAGAGCCACGUUCAUGGAGGUCCUCACAAAGAUCCUCCAGCAGGGGACAGAGUUUGACACUUUGGCUGAGACGGUUUUGGCCGAUCGCUUUGAGCGUCUGGUGGAGCUGGUCACGAUGAUGGGAGACCAGGGCGAGCUGCCCAUCGCCAUGGCUCUGGCCAAUGUGGUGCCCGGGUCACAAUGGGACGAGUUGGCACGUGUUUUGGUGACUUUAUUCGACUCCCGUCACCUGCUCUAUCAGCUGCUCUGGAACAUGUUUUCUAAAGAGGUGGAGCUCGCUGACUCCAUGCAGACGCUGUUCAGAGGAAACAGCCUGGCCAGCAAGAUCAUGACCUUCUGUUUUAAGGUCUAUGGAGCAGCGUAUCUGCAGAAACUGUUGGAGCCACUUUUACGAGGCGUGAUCACGACACCUGAACAUAUCAGCUUUGAGGUGGACCCUACCAGACUGGAGCAGGGGGAGAACUUGGAGGAAAACCAAAGGAACCUUCUGCAGAUCACGGAGCGUUUCUUUCAGGCGAUAAUCGGAUCUUCCAGCGAGUUCCCACCUCAACUCCGCAGCGUCUGCCACUGUCUCUACCAGGCUACUUGCCACUCUCUACUGAAUAAAGCUACAGUAAAAGAAAAAAAGGAAAACAAAAAAGCAGUGGUCAGUCAGCGGUUUCCUCAGAACAGCAUCGGGGCCGUGGGCAGUGCCAUGUUUUUGAGGUUCGUGAAUCCAGCCAUCGUGUCACCGUACGAGGCCGGGAUUCUGGACAAGAAACCCCAUCCUCGGAUCGAACGGGGGCUCAAACUCAUGUCCAAGAUUCUCCAGAGCAUCGCCAACCACGUCCUGUUUACAAAGGAGGAGCACAUGAGGCCGUUUAACGACUUUGUGAAGAGCAACUUUGACGCGGCCAGAAGGUUUUUCUUGGACAUUGCGUCAGACUCGCCUCCCUCUGACUCGGUGAACCACAGCCUGUCCUUCAUCAGCGACGGGAAUGUUUUGGCUCUGCACCGUUUACUGUGGAACAACCAGGAGCGCAUCGGCCAGUACCUCUCCAGCAACAGGGACCAUAAGGCAGUAGGCAGACGUCCCUUUGAUAAGAUGGCGACUCUUUUGGCCUAUCUGGGACCUCCCGAACACAAACCAGUGGCUGACACGCACUGGUCCAGCCUCAACCUCACCAGCUCCAAGUUUGAGGAGUUCAUGACCAGACACCAGGUUCAUGAAAAAGAGGAAUUCAAAGCGCUGAAGACUUUAAAUAUCUUCUACCAGGCUGGGACGUCAAAAACAGGCAACCCAGUCUUCUACUACGUGGCCCGAAGAUUCAAAACCGGUCAAAUUAACGGAGAUCUUCUCAUCUACCACGUGCUCCUCACUCUAAAACCGUACUACGCCAAACCCUACGAGAUCGUGGUGGACUUGACUCACGUCGGCCCUAGCAACCGCUUCAAAACAGACUUCCUGUCCAAAUGGUUUGUGGUCUUCCCCGGGUUUGCAUAUGAAAACGUAGCGGCUGUGUACGUUUACAACUGCAACACGUGGGUGAGGGAGUACACCAAGUAUCACGAGAGGCUGCUGACCGGCUUGAAGGGGAGUAAGAAGCUGCAGUUCAUCGAUUCUCCGGCGAAAUUGGCAGAACACAUCGAGCCAGACCAACAAAAGCUCCCAGCGGCCACCCUCACGCUGGAGGAGGACCUGAAAGUGUUCCACAACGCACUCAAGCUAGCGCACAAAGACACCAAAGUUUCUAUUAAGGUGGGCUCCACAGCGGUCCAGGUGACUUCAGCCGAGCGCACCCGUGUCCUGGGGCAGCCCGUGUUUCUGAACGACGUGUACUACGCCUCGGAGAUAGAGGAGAUCUGUUUGGUGGACGAGAGCCAGUUCACCCUGACCAUGGCCAACCAGGGCACGCCUCUGACCUUCAUGCACCAGGAGUGUGACGCCAUAGUCCAGUCCAUAAUCCACAUCCGGACGCGCUGGGAACUGUCUCAGCCCGACUCCAUACCGCAGCACACAAAGAUCAGACCCAAAGACGUGCCCGGGACCCUGCUCAACAUCGCACUGCUCAACCUGGGCAGCUCCGACCCCAGCCUCAGAUCAGCGGCGUAUAACCUCCUGUGCGCUCUGACGUGUACGUUUAACCUGAAGAUCGAGGGCCAGCUGCUGGAGACCUCAGGCCUCUGUAUCCCCGCCAACAACACGCUCUUCAUCGUGUCCAUCAGCAAAACUCUCGCCGCCAACGAACCCCACCUCACACUGGAGUUUCUGGAGGAGUGCAUCUCCGGAUUCAGCAAAUCAAGUAUCGAGCUGAAGCACUUGUGUCUGGAGUACAUGACGCCGUGGCUGCUCAACCUGGUGCGCUUCUGCAAACACACGGACGACGCCAAACGCCAACGAGUCACCGCCAUUUUGGACAAACUCAUCACCAUGACGAUCAACGAGAAGCAGAUGUACCCCUCCAUCCAGGCCAAGAUCUGGGGCAGCCUGGGACAGAUCACAGACCUUCUGGACGUGGUGCUGGACAGUUUCAUUAAGACGAGCGCCACUGGAGGUCUGGGCUCCAUCAAAGCCGAGGUCAUGGCCGACACUGCAGUGGCUCUGGCGUCCGGCAACGUCAAACUGGUGUCCAGCAAGGUGAUUGGCCGCAUGUGUAAGAUCAUCGACAAGACGUGCCUCUCUCCCACGCCCACUCUGGAGCAGCACCUCAUGUGGGACGACAUCGCCAUCCUGGCCCGCUACAUGCUCAUGCUGUCCUUUAACAACUCUCUGGACGUAGCCGCUCACCUGCCGUACCUGUUCCACGUGGUCACUCUGCUCGUGGCCACAGGUCCUCUGUCGCUGCGGGCCUCCACGCACGGACUCGUCAUCAACAUCAUACACUCCCUCUGCACGUGCUCGCAGCUCAACUUCAGCGAGGAGACCAAGCAGGUGCUGAGGCUGAGUUUGACCGAGUUUUCGUUGCCAAAGUUUUACCUCUUGUUCGGCAUCAGUAAAGUCAAGUCGGCCGCAGUCAUCGCCUUUCGCUCCAGCUACAGAGACCGUUCCUUCUCCCCGGGGUCUUACGAGAGAGAGACUUUUGCCCUCUCCUCCCUGGAAACAGUCACCGAAGCUCUGCUGGAGAUCAUGGAGGCGUGUAUGAGAGACAUCCCGUCCUGCAAGUGGCUGGACCAGUGGACAGAGCUCGCACAGAAGUUUGCGUUCCAGUAUAACCCGUCCCUGCAGCCUCGCGCUCUGGUGGUGUUCGGCUGCAUCAGUAAAAGAGUCACUCAUGGACAGAUCCGACAGAUCAUCAGGAUCCUGAGCAAAGCCAGUCCUCUGCUCAGCAUCGACCGGGGUUUGGAGAGUUGUCUGAAAGGACCAGACAAUUACAACAGCCAAGUUUUGAUAGAAGCCACUGUGAUCGCUCUGACCAAACUGCAGCCUCUUCUGAGCAAGGAGUCUCCGAUGCACAAAGCCCUGUUCUGGGUGGCAGUGGCCGUGUUACAGUUGGAUGAAGUGAACCUGUAUUCAGCCGGGACAGCACUGCUAGAACAGAACCUCCACACACUUGAUUCUAUGAGGGUUUUCAAUGAUAAGAGUCCAGAGGAGGUGUUUAUGGAGAUACGGCGCCCCCUGGAGUGGCACUGUAAACAGAUGGAUCAUUUUGUCGGACUCAACUUCGGCGCAAACUUCAACUUCGCUCUUGUGGGACAUUUACUUAAAGGCUACAGACACCCGUCUCCCACCACGGUGGCUCGGACAGUGAGGAUCCUCCACACUCUUCUGUCUCUCAUCAGUAAAAACCUCAAAUGUGACAAGUUUGAGGUGAACACUCAGAGCGUGGCCUAUCUGGCAGCUCUGCUCACAGUAUCUGAGGAGGUGCGCAGUCGCUGUAGUCUCAAACACAGGAAGUCUUUGCUGAUCUCAGACCUGUCCAUGGAUCCUGUUCCCAUGGAGACGUACUCAAGCCACGCCCCUGACCCCAGCUGCAGGACACUUCGAGAGACGCAGCCUUGGACGUCUCCGCAGGUGUCGGAGCGGUACCUCUCGGCUCAUUACCCCACAGUGGGACAGAUCAGCCCCAGGACUAGGAAGAGCAUGAGUCUGGACAUGGGCCAGCCCUCCCAGGCAAACACCAAGAAACUGCUGGGGACCAGAAAGAGCUUUGACCACCUCAUCUCAGACUCCAAAGCACCAAAGAGGCCGGAGAUGGAGGCGGGGAUGACCACGCCGCCCAAAAUGAGACGAGUGGCGGAGAACGACUACGAGAUCGAAACGCCGAGAAUUGCAAACUCACAUCUACGCAAAGUUUCCGUCUCGGAGUCGAACGUACUUUUGGAUGAAGAGGUGCUCACCGAUCCCAAGAUCCAGGCUCUGCUGCUCACUGUGCUGGCGACACAAGUGAAGUACACCACAGAUGAUUUUGACCAGAGGAUCUUGUAUGAAUAUUUAGCUGAAGCUAGCGUCGUCUUCCCAAAGGUUUUCCCUGUUGUCCACAACCUGCUGGACUCAAAGAUCAACACUGUGCUGUCCAUGUGCCAGGACACAAACCUCCUGAACCCCGUCCACGGCAUCGUCCAGAGUGUAGUGUACCACGAGGAGUCCCCCCCACAGUACCAGCCCUCCUACCUGCAGAGUGAGGAACAUGCACCUCUGUUUACAUAUUUAGAUCACUAUUAGACCUGUCCAGAGUCA